CUGUCGCAAAAGAAUCAGUCCUGCCAUUCGUCAUAACUUCCACAAAUGGUGGUUUUCAAUGGCGCAAGAUGUGUUUAGCAAAAUGGCUGAGGAUCCUUGGUUAUUAAACGAAGACGGUUACUUAAAUGCGGACACAGACAUCAAGGAAAUCAUUUACCACCCGACACUGAACGUUAUUUUGAUAUGUACCAACAGUGGAAUCGUUCGGGUGUUGGAUGUCAACUCGGGUGUUGUUCUCCAAUCCAGCUAUCUCUCAGCAAUAAACCAAAACGAAGUAACUUGUAAGUACAUUCCUGGACAAGACAGGGUGCUGUUUUGUGAUGGACAAGCUAUUGGAGUCAGAUCAGACUACAACAGUGUGCUUUUACUCGACAGUAUUCUGCAGAAGCCAGUAUCGGAUCCCAAGAAGGAAAUCAAGCUCGAAUUACCACUAUCUGAGGCAAUCAUCUUGAAACAAAGCUUGACUUCAGCCAACGUCAGCGGUAUUGAACAUGUGAUAAACGAAUUAACCGACGUUAUUUUGAACGCUCAAAAACAGUCCAAGAAGGGUAUUAAAGCUCAAAAAUGGAACACUGUCUGUCUCCAACUCCCUUUGGAGAUGCUCCAAAUGGCUGCCAUGAGCAGCGUCUCAGAACUACUCCUAAAAAACCAACACACCCCAGAAUUGAGUGUUGCAUCAGCCGUGCAAGAGCGCCUCUCGGAGCUCAGUGGGGAACAAGGGAGCGCUUCAGACCGCAGGUCUAUGGCCAGCGAGGCCAAACGACGCGAAACGUUCACCCAUUGGCCCCACAUGGACUACAAAUGGGCCUUGCCGGACCAAAUGGCCCAGGCGGGCUUCUACCACCAGCCCAACGCGUCUGGGGACGACCGCGCCAUGUGCUUCACUUGCACCGUGUGCCUGGUCUGUUGGGAGCGCACCGACGAGCCCUGGAGCGAGCACGAGCGGCAUUCGCCCAGUUGUCCGUUUGUCAUGGGCGAAUACACCCAGAAUGUCCCAUUAUCGGUCACUUACGCCACCAACCCGGCUAUUGACGCGACCUAUCGAGGGGUCAACGUGAAAAUCCUUGGUACGAGCACCUUGAGCAACCUUCUGCCAUCGGCGAACGCCGAAGGCCUGAUCUCGGUGUUCGACAUCUCGGGGAAGAUCUCAAGGACACACUCUUUUUUCGUCACACAAUUUGAUUCCCACAUUCUGGAGAAGUACACACAGGAUUUCGGGGUCCCAGGCACCUGGAGCGACCUCGACGAAGUCAAAUAUCCAGCAGAAAAGCGAAUAACAUCAUUGGCGAUUGUGAGCACUGCGGAGACGACGUCCACGCGCCCUACUAUUAUUUGCGGCCUCCAAAUCCGAUGUCGGGCCCAGAAAUACCAGUCACCGGUGAUUGGAAGUUACGACGAUCAGAAUAAAAACUUGAUGGAGGUGGUGGAGUCGGCAACGUCUUCGACGAGUUUCAGUUGUUUGUAUUUGGUCGUUUACGAUUUUAUGUACAGUAAGGAGAAGGAGGAUAAGGAUCACGAGAGUAAACCGAACGAUGUGAACGCCAUCUCUGAAGUGACUGCGCCCAAGAAUGAAUCAACGCAAAACGAGAACCAGAAAAACAGUGAUUACGUGCAUCCCGACGCCGUCUUCGUCGAGCAUUUAUCGUCGUUUUACAAAACUUUGAUACCUGGUGAAAGUGACGAGGUGUUUCUCCCGCCUCCGAUGCUCGUUAACAAACCCCAACAUUCAGGUCCUAGAGUAUUACCCAUUGACAUGCAAAUUACCGAAACUGAUGCUUCGCAAACCGAGCCUUUUAUAAUCAACCAGGAAUAUUCGUUUAUGAACGGCCAGUUGAGCAGCAUUCUUUCGGAGACGUUCGAAAAGAGCAUUUCCGACCACAUUACCGAAAUGAAAAACAACAAAACGGCCAAAAAAUUGAAUUAUAGUCGAGCGGUGCAGUGUGUGUCGAUACCGGCGCCUUAUAAAUCGCGACAGGACUUGGAGAUUUCCGAUAUUAUCGCGACGCAAGACAGUCGACAUGUUCUAGUCGUGUUGAAAAGCUCGUUGGACGGUAAAAGCGUUUUGAUACUCUAUUCUUUGGACUUCUCACAGAAGAUGGUGAAGUUGGUUGAAGAGCCGGUUUUGGUGCGCGAAUUGAAUAAUAAUGAAAAGCCGACAGAAGUUAGUAUGUUGCCGAUGGUGGAUAAGUUGGGGGAGUUUGCCGAACAAGGGAAGAAUGGAGUCGUAGGGAACAUCGUCAUGGUGUGCGUCGAUGGGGCUGUGAGAAUCGUGGAGUUGUCGACGAUGAAGACCAUAUGCAUGGCGCAGUUGGAGAGCGAGAAGUUUGUUUCAGCGGCAUAUUGCAACAGUUUGGAGCGCUUGUGCGCCUCCACUGCGAAAGGUUCCCUGCACUUCUAUGCCCUUAACGACACCGACAACGAAUCCUCUGAAGACCACGAGGAAGACGACUUGUUCGGGAUGACCACCGACGGUACAUCAUCAAACCCCGCCCAAACCAGCGAUUCACUCGACGGAAGUGAAAUGACGCGUUGUUUCCACGACCCUCCCGAAAUAAUUUCUUUGAUAGACUUGAAACGAUUGCACGCUUUGUGUCAAUUCGAACCGUUACGAGCAGGGUAUUGCGCUGUAGUUCCUCCCUGUUGGAGCGAAAUCCAGCAGGCUCAAAGACAGAGAAGGUACCCCCAAAGCCUCAAAACCGACUGCGACCAGUAUACGAAAACGUGGCGACUGCAAACGGACACAACCACCUGGGAUGAGCACAUCUUCGAGAUCACAUUGCCCAGUCCCAUGUCUCUGGGCCACGUGGACGUGCACUUCAGUCUGCAAUCGUCGACGGCGUUGCCGCAUGUCGAAGUGACGCUUUUGCGGCAAAACACGAGCGGGAUUGGGCACAAAAAAGACGUUAAGUUUGCUGUGGACGAAACCAUAACUAUAGAUAUGUUGCAACAGUGGGCCGAUAAUCCCGUUAUCAGUCAGGAGUAUCUAAGGGCACACAAUGCCGAUAUUCUGGCAGGUCCGGUGAACAUUGCCUCGUGUUUGGACUUGUCGGAACAAUGCGGUGUUGUUACUUUGACCAGUCCGAAAUUGUUCAAGUCGAGGAAUCGGACCUUGCUGUUGCACAUCAGGGCUGUUUAUUCCAAAGAAGAGGCUAAUAACAAAACUGCUUCCAAGAGGAAACGCUCCGAGAGCAAGGACAAGACGGGUCAGUGUGCCAGCCACAAAAAUGAGUUUUACAUGGGGUGUGAUUGCAUUCACGAGUUGAGUAUUACGGUGUAUAGUUCCAAACAUACUGAAAUUCCGCAUGAGAGGAGUCAGAGGAAUUUCAUGUUGGAGUCUAUUUCCUGCGUCCAGUCGCUGCUGCUAACAGCAAUGAAUAAUUCGUCAAAUGAGUCGGUUUCUUUGUCGUUGGAUGUACUCACGUGGAUUGCGUCCAUUCGUUUGAUUAGGAAUAGGAGUAACAACGGGGAGGUGCCUAAUCAGCAGAUGGAAUUUUUAUACGUGAUUGAGUACAACUUGGCGAAGCUCCUCCAACAGUGUCUUCUCCUCGGCGAACGAAGCAUUGCACAUAAGUGCAUGAAGUUAAUCGAAGUUUGUUGCAAUGGCGCUAAGAACAUGAGCGAGACGGGGCGCUCCCACUUCGAGUUUAGCAUCCUGAAGGCCCUUCUCUCGCUUUUGAACACAAUCACCGAUGUCCGGUCACCUGGCGGCCUCCAGUGGAUCUUCGCACUUCUCCUUAAAGUCAUUUCGAAAAACGCUCAAUACGUUGCAACCAAAUGCGUAACUUUGUUGAAUAAAAUGUCCGAAGAGUUAGAAAAUCGAACGAAUCCGUACCACUUACUUCUCAGGAGUCGUUACGGCCUAUACGGCACUCCUCUAGAACUAGAAUUAUUUGAUAUCGAACCGCCACCCUACGCUAAAAGUACCAGUACAUACGUCACUUACGCUACAGCGGUGUCUGGGGACAGCGCCAAUCAGAAUAACGACUUUUUCGAGAACUAUUCGUUCAAUAAAGAGAGUAUUAACCCUAAAGAUGUGUUGUCAGGCACUGAGACGAAGCUGAAGUGGCGAAAUUUAGCACCACCGAAAAUAUACAGAGGGUUAAUAGAAACCGUUCCUUUGCAUUUCACUUGCGUUUCGGCAAGUGAAGGGACGAGACUAGAAAGGGCCGAUGCCUCAAAUAACAUCAAUAACAUCGUUAUCAACGAGAUACCGUUUUCAAUUACGCCAUUCCAUGGCCAGGGCUCUUUAGACAAAAUGGACCACAGCAAGUUUAAAUCCUACUUGGUUGAUUUUGUGGAAGAACCGACCGUCACCGUUAAAGAAUACAAAAAUUCGAAUCCACAAGCAACCACUUCGAGUGUGGGCACGUGGGACGAUAACGGCUGUGAAGUGUUAAUCGGAGAGUUACCAGUGGAUGUCGGCAACCACCUCUUAAAGAAAUUAGAUUCCAUGUAUCAAGAUUUGAAAUCUUCAAUGGAAAAUAAAAGUAGCGCAGUAAAGAAUGUGUGGCAACCAGAGAGUUUACUUUCGCCGCCGACUAAUAGUAGUUUGCCGUGGCAACACUUACUAGUAACUCCGCCACAACAGGUUAUUGUAGUGGAACGGAUGCAUUCGGGGGCUCGCAGAUACGUGGUUUUGGAUUUCGGGCAACCGAUUUUGCUCACUGAUAUUCUUCUACCGUCUUGCAAUGACCUGGUCUCUGUUAGUAUUGACAUUUGGCUGAAGAGUGAAGAUGUUGAUGGGACUCGAUUGGUGGUUGCUGCAGAUAUUGGGUCGAAGAAUUUGGUGUUGAAUGAUCUGCAGCCGGCGCCGCUGUGCCGAUACAUGAAGAUUACCACAGUUGGUCGUUACGGAAUGACUACAGCGAGAUGCAGAAUCCCUAUUGGUUACUUUUACGGCCACGUGGUAGUUCUCCCUGAAGAAGUACCACCGGAUUUGUCCCAAAACGUUUCGAACUUGGCUUGCACUGACUUAGAUAAGCAACUAACAAUUUUAUCGAAACUUUUCGAAGAUAUCAGCUGUCGAUACAGUUUGGCUUGCUCCAAAUUAAAAGAGCUUUUACGACCGUUCUUGGUGGCCGACAUGAAAAAUGCAUCUCAUCUGGCGACUUAUAUGAACAUCAUGAAAGACAAAGCCCUUAAUACCAGCAACCCCGAACACAGUAAAAUCUUUAGCGCUUAUCAGGAAUCAAUCACAUACCAGCGUCAGUUGAACACGAUUCGAAAUGUGAUGAAUCGACUUGAAGGGAGUAUUAGUAAAAUGUCGGUCUCGCCGAGAAAUCCUAAAGACAUUCCGAACGCCUCAACCGAUAAACUUAGAGCCAUCGCUGAAGGUUUGCUUGAGGUGCUACUAACGCUGGAUUCAGCAAUCGAAAUCGAUCCCGUCACCUGUCGCAAGCUCUUCCAAGGGCUAUGCGUGUCGCAAGCUUCACGUCUGCAGUUACUAACCGCCAUUUUCCUGGACAAGUCCUGCAGGACGAAGAGUUACUGGGGCAAUUUCCUCGCCGACACUUUGACCGAAAUGUUCGCGACAUCCAACACAACAAAAUUCCCCCAAGACCGCGUUUUCAUCCUCUUGGCUUACUUGAGCCGGAAAAGCCCCGAACGGAGCGCCGUCAUUGACGCCGGUCUUCGAGUGGUUUCGCAAACUUUAGCUCCUUUGACUGGAGAUCGCUCCAAUUUACUUGCGGUCUCGGUGGAUCUCCCUCUACUCUCCUGGCUGUUGAUGUAUCUCUCGCUCCAGUUGGACCUAAGCAAGAACAGUCUCCAAUCGGCCACGAGAUGGGACUGGGUGUUUGGGGAAAUCGUCGGGAAGGUCAAUGCCGAAAGUGCGAAAAUCGGAAGCCGGAAGAAAAAUUACAAACGCAUCAGCAAGCAACAAAUCGACAAUUUGGAUGCGGCACAGAAGCUGGUCCAGUCUUCGGCUCAGGUACAGGCUUUGUCGACGUUGUCCAACCAUGCGGCGUGUCUCACAUCGAAGUUGGAUGCGGCUCUGAAGACGCAACAGUUUCUGAUGAAGAAAGUUAAGUACAAGUUCAUGGAUAUGAAGAAUUCGCCGGCGGAGAAUCCACUCGCGCCGAAGAAGCUGAAGGAGACGGCGGCGGAACCAGUAAUCGAGAAAAUUACCGAGAAGAAGAUGCCGCAGCAUAUUGACGUUAAUCAUUGUUUGACUGUGGCCAAAGGGCUGCUGACUUUGGUGCUCUCGAUGGACCAUUCGAGCAGUGCCGACAUGCUCUUGCUUUCGUUUAAAGUAAUGGCCCGCCUGGUCAGCAUGGCUAAAAUCAAAUUGGGCCAGCUGAUGAACCAGGAGCAGCUCUUGAACUUGUUCCGCUUUUGCCUCGCUUCGAAAAUUCCAUGGGCCCCUCAUGCUCUCGCCUGUCUCUUGCAAGACGUCGUUGAAAACGAAAACGACACCGACUCUGGGGCUUCCACAAGCUGGGCCACUAACGAUUUCCUCUCUGACGUGGCAAACCUGUGCGAAUUCACGGACGACGAGACAUUCGUUCACGAACCUGUAAUAACAGCGCCACCUAAAACUGGAAAUAACAACAACCAGUUGCCUUCGGUUUACGAAUCCGACGAUUCGGAUUUAGAGGAAAUUGUUGACGGGUUUUUGGACAAGGAAGCCAUGUCGACUCCGAAGAAGAUACCGAAACCAACGAAUUACUCACACACCACUAAUUCAGUAGCGCUGGAUUCGAGACUUGAUCUCAGUGUUGACGUAUCAGCGGAAAUAUCGCUACGGAAGUUGAUUAAUAAAAAUACUCAAGGGUUGUUGCAAAGUGUCAACGCGCCUGUGGUUGGUGACGAAAGUGAAGAUGCGUUAGCGCCAUGGCCUACUGUGGUAUUGCCGCUGCAACCGGAGUCUCUUCUGAGUAACACUGCGAUGCUGACUCAGUGCUUCGAUUCGUUGUUUGAGAACUUGCCGAUGCAAGACUCGGCAAACAUUGAGCACAUUUUGCAGUUGUGGCUGACUUUGAAUAACCCGUACAAGGACGAUAAGUUUGAUCCUUCAGCCGUUGCUCAAAUCGUUCUCAAAGAAAGCUCAGUGAAGGCUUUGAUUUCAGCGAUAGCCUGGACUCCGGGCUUGUCUCUAAUUACGUGGUGUGUCGCCUUACAGACUUUGACUUUGGUCUGUAAUAGUAAUAUAACGUCAGAGUCUUCCCUCUAUUGGUCAGAUUCGUACGGAAUGGCCUCUUGUAUAGUCAAUCACCCGGAUUUCGUCCAGGUCUUCAUGAGGUUGUUAUCGGGGACUGGGCUUACCUUCAUUGAUAAAGUUUUGGCGGGACCUUCGUUAUGUAAAGCUUUGAACGAUUUUCUCGACCGGCUUUUGAUGAGGUGUUACGUGGAAAGUCCCCGAAGCAAAGCAGGAAAAUCGUUAAAGACUCUCUUGUUGAAAAUUGUGCACCAGUUAGUGCUACCUACAGGGCCAAUUGCCCUACGACAAGGGCCUCUAGAUGUGCAGUGUAAAUUGUUGAAAAUUAUGUUAGAUAUAGAUUAUUUUAACGCCGAUAUGACUAUCGCGAUGAGUAUUUUCGAGAGUACGUGUGUUCUGGUUCAUUCGUAUUUUGUUAAUGUUGAUAAAAUUAAAUGUAUUAAUAUCGGGGAGAAGCACAACGUGGUCACGACGACGUUUAAUGAGAUUUUUGCCUGUGUUAUGGGCUCGGACCCCAUCAAAAUGGAUCUACAGGUCUCCACUGAAGUGCUCUUUUUGCGGCUCUUGAAGUUUUUGGGGAAAUUGGUGCAAACACAGUUUAGACAAGGCAUCGAUCAACCGGAAGCAAUGGACGUUGAGCCCUUGGCGACUUCGCAAACCGACGAAAGCAAGGCCGAGCAAAUCCAACAAGACUCGAUGCGCAAUCGUGGCGAAAAUUUCGCCGAUCUUGUCCUCCAAUACCACGCUAAUAUUAUGCGUCUGUGCCAGUCUUUAGCAGCUUGCAAAUCCUCGUCAUUGUGUAUGCUAGCAAAUGUCUCGCAAAAAGCGGCCUUUUCCAACUUGAGCGAACCGAGUAACGUUGGAGACGCAGUGUUCCACGUUUUAGCCCUGUUAGCUAAGCGAACCUCUGAUAAAAAGUUGGUGUUACCACCGUUGCUUCAAUUCUUAGCACAUGCGCCUCAACUGAGCGAGCCUUUGUUGUGGUUCCUAUUGCAAAUUUUGAACAAUGAAGAGGCUAUUCGGAAUUUCCUCACCGCAGGUGGUAUUGAAAUUUUGGGCCGAAGUUUCGUAACGAGUAGCAACACUCCGAAUACCAUUUCCAAGUCAGGGACUAUUUCCAUAGUCAUGCAACACUUCAGUGGGAUUAAUCCCACUUCUGACGCUAGCACAGCCAUCGCGUCAGCAUCGGCUUCAAGGAAGCUGCAACAAGCAACCAUCGAAAAUAAAUUGUCUUUGGUUAAUUUCGCCCCUUGCUGCACUAUAAGUUGCCCAUCAGGGACAGCCCAACCGGCGGAAGUCCUAAUUCAAGGAACGGCUGCGACCCACCGCCGGGCACGAACUCCCCAAUGGAGUUACCACUUUUACCCCGACGAAGCCCACACUGAACUCACUUUGCAACUCCCGAGUGCGAUUUUACUGCGUGAGGUGCAUUUGCAGCCACACUUGAGUGCCCUGGCGACUUGUCCUUCAGCUGUAGCCUUGGAAGUCUCAGCCAAUGGUCCUUCGCGUUUAGUCCCUGUGUGUCCGCCACUUCCUACCAGUGGUAUGGUUUUCAUCAGGCUACACUUGCCGGUUCCGGAAGUCGUCAAUUGUGUCUUGAUUCGUUUGUAUCGUCCACGUGAUGCUAACAAUAUCGGGCUUUCGCAAAUCCGUCUUUUGGGUAAUUUGGCUUUUGGCGGAAAUACCAAUCAGAACUUGGCCGAUCCGGUCGAAGAUGAGUCACACUGUCGCCACAGUUUAGGCUGGUUAAGGUUACUACACCACUGUUUUACGUUACCGACAGAGCAGGAUUUGGCAAAACAAGUGAUAGCGUGUGCGUCUGGAGUACCGAGAUUGUUGAGUACUUGUUGCGAGUUGCUUCUAGUACCAUCCCACGUGCUUCCGAUCUAUUUACCGUGUUUGGAGAAGGUUUUAAGGGAGUUGAGUUUGCACAAUUUGGAAAACGGAAACAAUGUUAUCAAAAUUCUGCUGAACAGUCGGUCGAGUAUCAUAGAACCGCUAAAUUUCGCCGAUAAUGCCUGGCAAGACAGGUUGUUGAUAAAUGCAACGGGGUACCAAUCAGCUUGUGAAUUGUUGUACCAGAUUUGCGAACAUCAAGAUUCUGAUACUUUCUACCGCGUUAAGAUGAUGCUGGAGUGGUUGCAAAGUGUCGCAGUCGAAGCGAUGCAAACCGGAAAUACGCAAGGGUGCAACCCUGCGUACAUAUCUAGCAUAGCUUCGAUUCUGUGGUCGGCCAAUCAGGCUCGAGUCAGCUACGACUUACCGUCAAUGAUCACUUUAGAUUUCUUCGACACGAUCUACAACCUUAAAACCUGCGUGGAAAACAACAUCGCGCUUAAAUACUCCCUCGACUCCCUGUUGUGCAGUUUGUGUUACAUAAGGCCUGAACUUUUCCCGGUGCUUUUACAACGAAUCGGAGUGUUAGUUCCGAAUUUGUCCACCGAUCAUGACGCUUCGAUCUCCGACGACCGCAAAGACUCCGAAAGUAUGACCGACGAUAACAAACAAACCUUCGAGCUAGAUUCGGAAUGGUACGGCCACCUGGUAAUGGGCGAACUCUCGAAACUUAGUCUUUCGAACGAACAACUGGAAACCGUGGCCUUGGUGAGUCGCUCACCCUCGGCCAUCCAACAGUUGCUAGACUCCGGUCUCCCGAAGAUGUUGAACAGUGCCAUAUACGAGUUUUGUACUUCAAACGAGGAUAAUUCAGUCCCAAUGGCUAAACUGGAGAACGUGACUGCGAUUUUAAAGUUCUUCACUGAUGUUAGCGACGAGAAAACGAUGCGUGAUUGGCUGGGGUCGUCCGAUGGCUCGUCGUUUUGGCUCGAGUUGCUCAACUGGUUGUGCAAAAAACCGUUCCUGAAAAAGUCGAAUCUCCAGUCAGAAGCGCACGCCCAAUUGGAGGAAGUGUGUGUCAAGUUUUUGUCGAAGUGUUGCCUUUGUCACCCUAGUAAUCAAGCGCGACUGGCGAAUGUUUUAUGCAAAGUUAUAGAUUUGCAAAGUAAUGGAAUCUCCGGUUUCAUGCGUCGGCUGACUCUUCAGCUACUGCUGGAAAACGAGAAGAUCCCCGUCAGUAUUAAAGCGGACGAGACUUUGUAUAAAAGCGUCAAGUUGACUCAGGCGUACUUGCCGGUGCAUCCGGCCUUCAAACAGACCUACAACCGGGCUUUGCUCUACUUGAGCACUAAUACGACUCUAGCCGACAUCCUAGAGCAGCACAUUUAUUUUAACACGACCUACAAGAUGGAGACGAAUAACUCGAGUAAGCGACCUUUUGUCACUAAGAAAGAUCUAUUCAAAGGUUGGUUCCCCGAAGAUUCAGACUUGAGCAUGGCUGCGGGUGUUACUGCCAAAGAUAAACGUGCCAAAGACGCCAAAAAUCAAGCCGCCUCGACGCCCCAGUCGAAGAAGAAGAGGUACACGGCGACGGAAAGUCUGACUAGUGGGGACGUUAUUGGGGGACGCCUGAUCAAGUGCGAGGCGUACUCGGACCAGCCCUUGCCCCUCAACUUGAAUCUGGGGCAACUGCUGCGGUUGAUUGAGUCGAAGGGGACGACUGCCGAUUGGCCGUGUGUCCAUUUAGUCGUUUGUCAAAACAAAAAUGGUGAUAAAAAAAGUGAAAGUAGUGAAGUAGAUUCUAGUUUGUACCAGCAACAACCAUUCAGUAGUGCCUUACAAGUGUUCAGUUCGAUGGGUGGGUUGGCGCUACUGGCUCGGCAUUUGCCUACGGUGUACCCAGAGGCAGUGCGGCCACCACUUAAGGAGAAAACCACGUCCGAACAAUCGGACUCCGAGUGGAUUAAAGUUGAAGACUGCGACGAUAUCUACGAAGAUGUCGAAGAAACAGUCGGGACCAGUUCGCCUUCAAAGUCAUCAGGGCUUAUUUCAAACGUUCCAGCUCACUCUCUCACUGCCUUUGGUCUCUUUCUCCGACUGCCGGGCUACGCUGAAGUCCUUCUCAAAGACAUGAAGAAGGCUCUAUGUCUGUUGCGCUUAGUAUUGGGUGUGACCGACGACGGCGAAGGCGGUGAUAUAUUCCAGUCCCCGAUUGCCGACUCGCUCCCCACGUUGCCUUUUGAAGUGCUCCGAAAGCUCUACGAUGCCACACCUUUGAGCACCGACGAUGGCCGGCUUCUCCGACGCAUCAGCAUUAAUACGGGCGUGGUCCACUUGCUCUUAGCUUGUUUGGGGAUUUUCACCCAUCAGACUCAAAACAACGAGAAAGAGGGCCAGAAAGACGCAAAAGGGAAGGACGAACGCUCCCAGUUGUACUGGGCCAAAGGUACAGGCUACGGUACGGGUUCGACUCAACAAAUCUGGAACGUUGAACAAGCCCUACUUAAACAAAAGAGCGAAGAGGAGCACGUGACAGUCCUGUUACAAGUUUUGGCGAGCUAUAUCAGUCCCAACGGGGAAACUGCGGAUGAGUUAAUGGAAGAUGUUUUGCCGUCGUCGUUUCAUGACCUUUUGGCCAAUAGCUCGCUUUUGCCGGCGCUUAGCUCGUAUCUGAGGAACGAUUCAGUUUUAGAUAUGGCCCGGCAUAUACCGCUCUACAGAGCGGCCUUGCAACUAUUAAGAGCCUUGGCUACUAGUUCGCAACUGGUGGAUUUGCUCUUGCCUCAAAAAACCCGCAUCAACGAACCAUCUAUUAGUUCAUUAUUGAAAAGCAUGAAGACUUGCGUUGAUACUUAUGCUUCUAAAUUAAGACUCAACACUAAAACAAAUACAAAAUUCAAAACCAAACUUCGGGAACAACUCGAAGAACUUGAACAGGGUGAAGGUCUGGCGACUUUAAUGCCCGACAUCCAGGACACCGCCAAUUUGGUGUCUAAGGUAACAAGCGGCCUCGUAGACUCGGACCACGAUAGCGAAGGGGAAGUUGCCGUGGAUCGGGUCAUAUUUGCGUCUUUGGAAGAGAAAUAUCUCAAGAUAAUGAAGAGUCUGCAGUUUGGUUCGUACGAAAUGAUCACGGAAUUGCCUGAAGGUGGUGUAAAGUUUGCGGUGUCGCACCAUUUUGAAAACAACGCGAAAUCGACGGGGGAGCAGUCGCACCCGGCGCGUGUCAAGCGGAUAGCGCAGGAGGCCGUAACCCUAUCCACGAGUCUGCCUUUGAGUUACAGCAGUUCUGUUUUCGUUCGUUACGACACCUCCCGGUUGGACGUCAUGAAGGUGCUGAUGACCGGCCCUGCGGACACUCCCUACGCCAACGGCUGCUUCGAAUUCGACGUUUUUUUCCCGCCGGAUUACCCCUUGUCCCCCAUGAUGAUCAACCUGGAAACGACGGGACACCACACUAUUAGGUUUAAUCCGAAUUUAUAUAACGACGGCAAGGUUUGUCUGUCCGUGCUGAACACCUGGCACGGACGGCCUGAGGAGAAGUGGAACGCCCAAACCUCCAACUUCCUGCAGGUCCUGGUGUCUAUCCAGAGCCUGAUCCUUGUGCCAGAGCCCUACUUCAACGAGCCGGGCUAUGAAAGGUCCCGCGGGACGCCGGCCGGCACGCAGAGUUCUAGAGAAUACAACGCGAACGUGUCCCAAGCCACGGUCAGGUGGGCCAUGUUAGAACAAAUUCUGAACCCUUGUUUGUGUUUUAAAGAUGUUAUUUACACGCAUUUCUAUUUGAAACGUCACGAGAUCUUGGCGCAGGUCGAGGGUUGGAUCAAAGACCUAGAGAACGAUAUCACGGAGAAGAGGAUAUCGCGGACUGCGAAUAAGAGGUCGCCGACGGCGAAUAUCGACAGUUUCAAAAAGAUAUUCCAGCAGUUGAAGGAGCAGUUGACCAAGUUGAAGCCGCCGGAAGGCGUGGUGGAGGAAGACCCGGCCCCGAAGAUGGAGACCACGAGUGCGUCGGUUAACGGGCUGGAGGGCAACGAGCAGGAGAUGGACGCGGAUAUCGACAUGGAGAAGAUGGUUAAGGAAAUGUGCGAGUUUGACGCAACAUAGAUCAACUGUUUGCAUUUAUUUUGUUUUUACCAAAAUUUAGACAAUACAUUUUUACAAAUUCCCAUAGCUUUUCGGUAUUUCUCAUCGUUGAUUCAUCAAUACGUCUUGGUAAUCGUAUUAUGAUUUUUACAUUAUUAUUAAAACUGCAUGGCUGAUCAGAGAAGUGGUUACCAGUUUUACUUGUGUCAUAAGUGAUUUUUUUACAGUGAUUUGUAAUUAAAUUUUUUGUAUUAUGACUGUAAAGUUCGUUCAUUUGAAAUUACUGUUAAGACACAAAUGUGAUUUAAGGAAAAUAAAAUAAUUUUGUUUUA